AUGGAAUUGGUGAAGCACAUCUUACUGGCUAAGUUCAAGGAAAGUGUUUCUGAAGAUGAGAUCCAACAACUUAUCAAGGGCUAUGCCAAUCUUGUUGAUCUAAUCGAACCCAUGAAGGCUUUCCACUGGGGGAAGGAUGUGAGUAUUGAGAACAUGCAUCAAGGAUUCACCUAUGUGUUUGAGUCAAGCUUUGAGAGCACGAAAGGGAUUGAAGAGUACAUUAAUCAUCCCGCACAUGUUGAGUUUGCCAGCAUUUUCCUCCCUUCUCUGGAUAAAGCACUCAUCAUUGACUACAAGCCCACCUAG